AUGGAGAAAUGGAAUCAGACCUCAAAUGAUUUCAUUUUAUUAGGAUUGUUUCCACAAAACCAAACAGGCCUACUGCUUCUGCUGCUUAUCAUCUCUAUAUUCUCUGUGGCCUUGCUUGGGAAUUCAGCAAUGAUCCACCUCAUUCGUGUGGAUCCCAAGCUCCACACCCCCAUGUACUUUCUCCUCAGUCAGCUUUCUCUUAUGGACCUGAUGCAUAUUUCUACCACUGUUCCCAAGAUGGCAUUCAACUUCCUCACUGGUAAGAAAAACAUUUCGUUCCUUGGCUGUGGAGUGCAAUUCUUCUUCUUUCUCACCAUGGCAUGUUCUGAGGGCUUGCUCUUGGCUUCCAUGGCCUAUGAUCGUUUUGUGGCCAUCUGCCACCCUCUACAUUAUCCCAUUCGCAUGAGCAAAAUGAUGUGCCUGAAGAUGAUCAUAGGAUCUUGGACACUGGGCUCCAUUAAUGCCUUAUCACAUACAAUUUAUGUUCUUCAUAUUCCUUACUGCCAUUCUAGGUCCAUUAAUCAUUUCUUAUGUGAUAUUCCAGCCAUGAUUCCCCUGGCCUGUAUGGACACUUGGGUUUAUGAGUAUAUGGUGUUCCUGAGCACAGGCCUCUUUCUCCUAUUUCCUUUCCUUGGCAUCACAGCUUCCUAUGGUCGGGUCCUUUUUGCUGUCUUCCAUAUGCACUCAAAAGAGGGGAGAAAAAAGGCUUUAACCACAUGUUCCACUCAUUUAACUGUGGUGUCAUUUUUUUAUGCACCUUUUGUCUACACUUAUCUUCGACCUAGAAGUCUCCGUACACCCACAGAAGAUAAGAUUCUGGCUGUCUUCUACACCAUUCUCACCCCCAUGCUCAACCCCAUCAUCUAUAGUCUGAGAAAUAAAGAAGUCCUGGGAGCCAUGACAAGAGUCUUUGGGACAUUCUGUUCUACUAAAAAUUGA